AACAAGUUGAAAUCAUCGCAGAAGGAUAAAGUUCGUCAGUUUAUGAUCUUCACACAGUCUAGUGAGAAAACUGCAGUGAGUUGUCUUUCUCAAAAUGACUGGAAGCUAGAUGUUGCAACAGAUAAUUUUUUUCAAAAUCCAGAACUUUAUAUACGGGAGAGUGUAAAAGGAUCGUUGGACAGGAAGAAGCUAGAACAACUUUACAAUAGAUACAAAGAUCCUCAAGAUGAAAAUAAAAUUGGAAUAGAUGGUAUACAGCAGUUCUGUGAUGACCUGGCCCUCGAUCCUGCCAGCAUCAGUGUGCUGAUCAUUGCAUGGAAGUUCAGGGCAGCCACACAGUGUGAGUUCUCCAAACAGGAGUUCAUGGACGGCAUGACAGAGUUAGGAUGUGACAGCAUAGAAAAACUAAAGGCCCAAAUACCCAAGAUGGAACAAGAAUUGAAAGAACCAGGACGAUUUAAGGAUUUUUACCAGUUUACUUUUAAUUUUGCAAAGAAUCCAGGACAAAAAGGAUUAGAUCUAGAAAUGGCCAUUGCUUACUGGAACUUAGUGCUUAAUGGAAGAUUUAAAUUCUUAGACUUAUGGAAUAAAUUUUUGUUGGAGCAUCAUAAACGAUCAAUACCAAAAGACACAUGGAAUCUUCUGUUAGACUUCAGUUCAAUGAUUGCAGAUGACAUGUCCAAUUAUGAUGAAGAAGGAGCAUGGCCUGUUCUUAUUGAUGACUUUGUGGAAUUUGCACGCCCUCAAAUUUCUGGGACAAAAAGUACAACAGUGUAGCACUAAAGGAACCUUCUAGAAUGUACAUAGUCUGUACAAUAAAUACAACGGAAAAAUGCACAGUCAAUUUCUGCUGGCUGGACCGAACUGAAGAUCAAUCCUCACAGUUCAAACUGAGGGUUGAGACAAAACUUUAAGGAUACAUCUUGGACCAUAUCGUACUCCAUUCUUCUACUGGUAGUUUGGGCUUGUCUUCUAGUCUGGGCUACUCUAAACAUUUGUAAUUCCAACAUUGUGGAUUUCAUCUUAUACCUGUGGACCAUCUUAGUUUGUCUUCCCAUAAGUCAUAGAAGCUUGAUGGUGAUUAUUUUGAGGUUUCCAUUCUUGCAUAAAGCACAAUGCUGUCUUCGUCAGAAAACAGUUUGGCAUAAGAAUUAAACAUAAUAAUGAACACCACAACAAUUUAUAAAAACUUCUUAAGUAUAUGCUUCGGGCUAGUUGCAAAGACUAUGCUGGUAGCAUCUCAAAUGAGAGUGAUUUAUCUGAGUGGACCGGAUCUGGAAUGGUGUUUGGUUUGAGGGAAUCUAACUUUCCUGCAAACCUCAUGUACUGUUGACGUGAGUGGAAUAGCUGAUGAAAGAAAUGUCAAAAUAACCAACACAUGAAAAAAAUUAGGAUAACUUGGUGACUACCUGAAAUAUGUUUUGUGUUUCAGACUCUCACAAAGGUUCUACAAAACAGUCUGUGGUUGUCUUACCCAUGUUUAUACACAGUGGUCCUGCAGGGAACUCUUAUUUAAAAAAUACUGUAAUGGGACAUAAUGUUAGAUUCCACUCUCGUCUGCAUCACACACCACAUAAUUGGAUUUCAUUAUGCUUUUGAAAUGCUUCUAUGCCUUUCGAAUAAGUUAAACUAUUUCAUUUGUUUUUGAAUGUUUUGGAUUGCUAUACAAUACAAUAUUCUAAAUUUAGGCAUGAGGGUUUAGUUUUUUUUGUUGUUUUUUUUUUAAAUUUUUUGUCAUCGCACUAUGGAACACAAUGCAGUUCACUUAAUUUAUAAGAAGAUAGUAGGAUUUACAUUUUAGAAGUGGUUGUGAUGAGCCAUGAAGUUCAAUAUUUAUCAUAUAGGCACUGCUCUUUCAGGCAAUACUCCAGCCCUUACGACUUCUUAUUGUGUUGAAAUGGCUUUACUGCUAAAUCACUGUGGUUGCCAAAUCUUUACUCCAAGAGCAGAGAUUUUUCAAACAAGAGAGUGCUGGUGCAGAAUACCAAUGGCUUCUGUUCUAUAAAUUAUUUGGACUUUUAACUGUUUAUCUCUCACUGGCAUUUGCUAUUUCCACAUCAAAGCAGUAUGCUGUCUUGAUUGUAUUUUGUUUUUUCAUGACAGGACCCAUGAAUUGCUCUCCUGCUGAAAAUACGUGUUUCUCUGUUAACAUACUGACAUGUGUAAGGGUGUGUCCAUAAAUAUUUCGAGGAGAAAGUUAAAAAUGAUGAACUUAGAUGUUGGAUGACUGGCCUUCUAUAGGGACAGAGUUUGCUUCAUGUGUCCAGGUCCUCUUUGGGGCACAAAGGAAUGUACUUUGGGAGACCAGAACAUUUUAUGCUGAUAUGGAAAUGAUUAAAACUGCUUUUUAGUCACAUGAUUUGGAAAUUGCAUAGAAAGCUUACCUUAUAGAUAUAUCACUAUUCCAAUCAUAACUUUAAUUUAGGAAUACAUUUCAAAUACCAAAAGAAAGCUUAAAUUUUUAUCCACGUUACAGGAAUUGGUUAUUAAAAGAAAAAAGAAUCUUGCUGUUUUCAGUAUUUCUUGAUUUCAUUUUUGUAAAUAUGAAGAACUUCAAUUAUGAAAGAUUAAAGAUAUAUAUACAUAUAUGUAUAUCUUUAAAAGUUUUGCUGACAUAUAUUGUUUAUUCCCUACGUGGAACAUUUUGAGUUUUGAUAUUGUUUUUUUUUAAGAUUGAUUGAUUCAAGUAUGAUUUGUUUUCAAAUGAAGGCCCAUUAGCUUCUCUCCCCACCUCAUAAAUUUUUCUUUAUAAAAUCUUAAUAUUCAUUUGUGGCCUAAUGCUUUGAGUUUUACAGAUUUUAUUUUUAAAUGCAAGACUUUUCAACUUUGUCAUCAGUUUGGUACUAAACAUUUACAAUUACUGUGUAAUUAUAAGCAAAAAUAUAUAAAGCUUUAAUAUAAUUAUGUAGCAAAAAAAGUUAAGGUUGUUCACUGUGGUGGCAUCUUAGAAUUAAACAAAACUAUUCCUAGGGCUCAAAAGAGAAAACUGAUUUAUUGUGUUUAUUGUGAGGACAAAUGUUUGGUUAGAGGGAAUGUUGUGUACUAACAAUGCUUACACUGUUGGGGGAGGGUCGUCUGUGAGUCCAGAGAGAAAGGGCACACGCACACACACAGUCAGUGUAAUUGCUUUGGUUCAUGGGUUUCAGUCUUUGUUUGGGUCAGGUCUCCAUGCUGAGUCUUUUUUUUUUUUUUUUUUUCCAGAGACACCCAUAGGGAGAGUUUACUUUUUGCCAAAUGUCAGAACAGGUACAUUCUUAAAUGUAAUGCUUUUUAAAUAGUAAAUGUAUAAAAUGAGAAGUACCCACAUAUAAAAAUACUUGAGACCAAGGUUAUCUUCAGUGAAUAUCAUCUGCCUAUCUCUGUAAGUUCAAGUGUGUCUUUUACAAUCCCUGUCAUAUUACCAACAGAGGCAAUAAAAGCUUCAGUGAAAUUGCCAUGACUAAAUCUUUUCACAUAUUAUUUCAGUGUUUUAGUUUUUUCACAAAACUAAAAUAUACUUGAAGACUUUUCAGGGAAGAGUAAUUAUCCAUGGAAGAGCAUUGUAAUGGCACAUUUGGGGGACAAGAAGACACGCCAAGUGUUUACUACAUUAAUGUUUACAACUGUACCCAGAUGCUUUAUUUAUGAACUGUGCUCGCUGUAUACUGUGGCAUUGUGAGUGUGCAUCCUUCAUCAUACACUUUAAAAGUUUUAGUGAGUGAAAGAAAGCUCACUCAGUGAAAACAUCAGAAGCCUUUUAUGUAAUAUCUUCCCUGAGCAAUUCCUAAACAAGGUAUACUAUUAUUUUCUCAAAGAUCUAAGUGAAGAGUUAUUUAUUUUUUCUUUGAUGAUAAAAACAUCUGAGUCAUUUUGUGCUUACCCUGCUUAGGUAUUUAGGUAUGUUGCUGUUUGGGUUGUUGGAAGCCUGUAAUUUUGACAUACAAAAGGAGCAAGUUGACCUGAUAGAAUAACUUUGGAAUUAAAAAAGGAAAAUGGUGUUGGGAAAAUUUAUAAUUGUUUACAAAGUCUGCCUUUGUAAAACUGAAUCAGUUUUUAGUGAGAAUUUAUGUGGCUGUGAGGGUUAAAUUGUGUAUUUAUUAGGAAACAUUUACCUGACAUCUCCAGGGGUUUUUUUUUUUGUUGUUGUUGUUAUCUUAAAACUUUCAAUAAUAUGAUUUAUAUUGAAUGCUGAGAUGUUUUGAUAAGAGUUUAUCCAAUUUGAUAAUGUAAUGAUAAAUGUUUUUAAAUGUGAACUAUUUAUCAUAUAUCUUAAUACCUGAAUUGUGGUUUUUAUAUAACAGAUGAUGAACAGGGUCAAAUUAUGACUCACCAUUUAAUUGAUUAUAAACUUGAGUGUAUUUCUCAACCCUUUAUUGCUUCCAUUUUUAUAAUAAUAGCAAUAAUUUUUAUUUCUUAGGAAUUUAGUGAAGUUAAUUUCUGGAUUCCAUUUAUUUCAUUUGGUUAACUUAAUUUACUUUAUUUGUACCACACUCUGGAGUCAGAUACAGACAAGCUUAGAACUGUUACAAAUGGUUUUCUCAGAACACUUUUGGCAUAUUUUCUGCAUUACCUGUUUGGAAACUGUCAUUUCCUGCCGACCAGCUCUUUGACAACUUUGCCCUGGGCUCAGUAAUUGGUGCUAAUGCAGUCUUUGACUUCUCUUUGGUUGAGUGUUUUUCUUAAGAUUCUUCUUCACUUUUAAUUAUGUGACUAUGUGGGGGACUGUACACAUGAGUGCAGAUGCUUGUUGAGGCCAAAAGAAGGCAUCAAAACUUCAGGAGCUGGAGUUACAGGCAUUUGGGAGCCGGCAAGUGUGGUUGCUGAGAACUGACAGAACUGGCAAGCAUGCUUUAAUCUCUCCAGCUCCAGGUUAAUUAAAAAAAAAUCUUGUAAAUAAGUAAAUUAUGGUGAAAAGAACACAGUCAUAUUAUAAUCACCUACAAGGUAAUGGUUUUAUCUAUGGUGAUUUAAAGAGAAUUACUUUGUAGUCAAUCACUUUUGCUUUCCUUGUUUUUGUUUUGAGAUGGGGGCUCAUGUAUUCCAGGCUGUUCUCAAAAUCACUAUGUAGCCAAGGAUGUCCUUGAACUGAUCAUCCGGCCACCAUCUCCUGAGUGAUGGAAUUACAUGUGUGUACCACCACACCUGGCUCAUUUGGGGCUGGGGAUCAAACCCUGGUAUUGUGUGUCUUAGGCAAUCCUUGGACCAACUAUUGAGCUGCAUCCCCUACUCUUUUAUGCUGAGGUUUUUAAAAAUAUGUUUAAGUGUAUACAAAGUUUCUCUUCAUUCACAAGUGAGCCUGUCAGUUACUUUCAGUUUGAUUUUUUUUCAGUGGUGCUGUUCCAAGAUCAGCAAGUAGUUCAUUCUUCACUUGCUUUGUAUGCUAUAAUUUAAGGUGUUUGAGCCAUCAGAUAAAAAUGUCUUAAUUUAGAGCUUUACACUUAAACUUUCCUUUUUGUGGGUGGGUUGCUUUGUUGUUUGCUUGUUUUGUUAGCAUGGGUUUUUGAUUUGAGACAGGCUCUCCAGACUGUGUAGACCAUGCUGGCCACGAAUUCAGAGAGACCCACCUGCCUCAGCCUCCUGCAUGCUGGGAUUAAAGGUGUGCUCCACUACCUGCUACUGCUUUUCUCUUUUAUAAAUGCUUUGUAUGAAAUUUAUUAGGACUGAAUUUUUUAACUUUGUUUUGGUUUUGUGGUUUUUAUUGAAAAUGGGUCACUGCUAUAGCUCAGUGUUGCUUCAGACUUUUAAUUCUGCCUCUCAGUUUCCCAAAUGCUGGGAUUAAAAGCAGGUGGUAACAUGCCCAGCUUGGGUUGUUUUUCUUCCCCCUCCUUUAUUUUACAUGUGUAGGUGUUUUGCCUUCAUGUAUGUCUGUGUUGUCUGCAAGGAGGCCAGAAGAGGGCGGUGGAUCCCAUGAGAUUGCAGGGGGAUGAUUGUGAACCAUCAUGUGGCUUCCAGGACUAGAACUCAGGUCCUAGGAAAGAGCAACCAGUGCUCUUAACUUCCCAGCCAUCCUUCCAGCUCCUUUGGUUGGUUUUUAAUGUUUGUUUUUUUAAAUGUUUUGUUUUUGCUUUUAAGGUGAUCUCAUGUAGCCAAGACUGGCAUUGAACUCAGUAUAUAACUGAGGAUAGUCUUGAACUCCCGUCCCUCCUGCUUCUCCUCCUGAGUGCUGGGAUCACAGGCAUGAACCCCCAUGUCUGGUAUAUAGUGCUGGAGAGAAGGAGCCCAGGGCCUCCUGAAGCCUGACCAGCUGAGCUACACGCCCUGUCCCUAAGAUGUGUUAUCAGCUGGCUGAGAAGAAAGCAUGACUUUACCUCUUGACAAAGCUGCCAGCCAAGGGAAAGACAUGGAGACUAAAAGGAAAGCCAGCCCUUCCUGGAAGAAAGAAUCCAUCAAAUUCAAGGAAAUAGAAGAGUUUUGAACUGAAAUAAUGAAAACCAAGUUUGAUUUGAAACAAGUGUUUGAAGUGUAAAAGAACAGAGAUAGAAGACGAAAAAGAACCGCUGUUAUACAUCUAGAAACUAUGUUUGCAUUUAAAGGCAUAUUCAAUAUAAAUACUAAAUUUU